CUGCAAGUGCCCCAACAUUAGUAAUUAAAUUCCAAAAGUUUAAUUUAUCGAUGGUGUAGUAAAAUCUAAUGUCCAGAUUGUGUUUCCUUUCCGAUAAAGUGAGAAACACGUGAAAAUUAUGAAGGACAGGAGCAAAGCCGAGCAGAUAAAAUUUUAGGAGUACAUUUAAUAGAUUGGAGCGGAAUUUCUUGACUUGGCUUUUUAAACGCAUCACUCUUUUUUAAGUAACUCUUUUCAUCCCUUCAACAAAAAAAAAAAACAUAAAGGAAGGAUUUUUAGACCGCUGCGCCGAUCUCAUCCCUUCUCGCUUCGCGAUUGCUCGAGGCAGCUGGAUCAAGAUGUCGUCCCCCAGCAAGCGCCGCGAGAUGGACCUGAUGAAGCUGUAGAUCUUUUGAACAACGAACGGAUGAUGAAUGACUACAAGGUGGAGAUGGUGAACGAUGGGAUGCAGGAAUUCUUCGUGAAUUUCCACGGCCCCAACGAGAGCCUUUAUCAAGGAGGGAUCUGGAGGGUAAGGGUGGAACUGCCAGAUGCAUAUCCUUACAAAUCUCCAUCCAUUGGAUUUGUCAAUAAGAUAUAUCAUCCUAAUGUGGAUGAAAUGUCUGGUUCAGUUUGUUUGGAUGUAAUCAACCAAACUUGGAGUCCCAUGUUUGAUCUUGUUAAUGCAUUUGAGGUUUUCCUUCCGCAACUUCUUUUAUAUCCAAAUCCUUCAGACCCAUUGAAUGGGGAGGCUGCAGCAUUAAUGAUGCGGGAUCGACCUGCUUAUGAGCAGAAAGUGAAAGAAUACUGUCAGAAAUACGCAAAGCCUGAAGACGUAGAUGCUACUCAAGGAGAUAAAUCAAGUGAUGAAGAGCUGAGUGAAGCUGAAUACGAUUCUAGUGAUGAACCACUGGUCGGGAAACCUGAUUAGCACUGUCUGUUGAUUGUAAAUUUUCUCAGGCGAAAAUUUUUUAUGAAACCGAAUUAAUCAACUGCAAGUUUAAUAAACUGGAUCCGGAGUGAAAAAAAAAAAAUGCAAGCACACCCUUGAAUAUGAUCAUCAUCAAUUGCCAUUUAAUCCUUUA